AUGGAGGAGACCAACACAACCAACCUCUCUCAGAACUACAUAGAUUCUGGAUAUGCAAUCUCUCAGGCAGUUAAACAAAAUUGGUGCAUAAAAGAAAAUUUUAAUUUGUUGAUAACUGCAAGUGUUUUUAUUGGUAUUUGCCUCUGGGGACUUGUGGGGAAUACAGUGGUUUUGCGGUUCCUCCCCUGCGAGAUAAAGAAGAACCCCUUCACAUUCUAUGUCCUGAACCUGGCCAUCACUGACUUCUCUCUGCUCCUGUUCAUUCUUGUGAUACUUACAUUAUACGUUAUUUCAACAACCAAUUGUUUUUCCACAUUUGAAGAGGAUUUGACCAAGAUUAUCCUGAUGAUUCUGUUUGGGUUUUGGUAUUUGGCCAGCAUGUAUCUCCUGACAGCCAUGAGCAUUGAGAGGUGCGUCUCUGUUUUGUUCCCAAUCUGGUACCGGUGUCACCGCCCAAAGCACUUGUCAGGCAUCAUGUGUGGGGUGCUCUGGGUUCUUGCUGGACUUGUUGUUCUUUUGACUCUCAUAAGUUGUGGUUUACUUGGUCAUAAACAGUGUGAAAAACUGUUAGAUGGUAUAAGCAUUGUGAAUUUUCUCAUUUUCUCUGUGUUCCCAUUGCUUUCCAACCUGUCCCUCUUCAUCAAACUCCGAGGUGCCUCACAGAGACGUCACCCGAGCAAACUCUAGGUUGCUGUCCUCCUCAGCGUCAUCUUCAUGUUCAUCUUUGGGCUUCCUCUCACUGCUGUCAUUUUUCUUCGUUAUUAUCUUCCACGCUUAUUGGUACUUCAGAUUGCUUACCUGCUGGCAUCGCUGAACAGCAGCGUCAACCCAGUCGUUUAUUUCCUGGUGGGGAGCUGCCGGCAGCGCUGCUUCCAAGGCUCAGUGAAAGUCGCCCUUCGCCGAGUGUUCGAAGACAAAGUGACAAGUGAGGAGGGGAGCCACGUGCGUGGGGAUGCUGCAGUGGAGACCACCGUGUAA